CAACGCUACUGUGAUUGGUUCCUUUGCCUGUAUAAGACUUUUCCUCUUCCUGUUUCAGUCUCUUUCUUUCACGCGUUCCUGCUGUGAGAUAUUACCUACCUUGUCUUUAAACCGCAUUUUUAGCGAUCCUUGGAAGCACUGCAAAGAUGCCCAGGGAAGACAGGUCCACGUGGAAGUCCAACUAUUUUCUGAAAAUCAUCCAACUUCUGGAUGACUACCCCAAGUGCUUCAUUGUGGGUGCAGACAAUGUCGGCUCAAAGCAGAUGCAGCAGAUCCGCUUCUCCCUGAGAGGCAAGGCCGUUGUGCUCAUGGGUAAGAACACCAUGAUGCGCAAGGCCAUCCGUGGCCACCUGGAGAACAACCCUUCCCUGGAGAGGCUGCUUCCUCACAUUAAAGGAAACGUUGGCUUUGUCUUCACCAAGGAGGACCUUGUUGAAGUCAGGGACAUGCUGCUGUCCAACAAAGUGCCAGCUGCUGCUCGUGCCGGUGCCAUUGCCCCCUGUGAGGUAACUGUGCCAGCCCAGAACACUGGUCUGGGUCCUGAGAAGACCUCUUUCUUCCAGGCUCUGGGUAUCACCACCAAGAUCUCCAGAGGAUCCAUUGAAAUCUUGAGCAAUGUGCAGUUGAUCAAGCCUGGAGAUAAGGUGGGAGCCAGCGAGGCCACGCUGCUCAACAUGUUGAACAUCUCGCCCUUCUCCUUUGGGCUCAUCAUCCAGCAGGUGUACGACAACGGCAGUGUGUACAGCCCCGAGGUGCUUGACAUCACAGAGGAUGCCCUGCACAAGCGUUUCCUUGAGGGAGUGAGGAACAUCGCCAGUGUGUGCCUGCAGAUCGGGUACCCCACUCUUGCGUCCAUCCCCCACUCAAUCAUCAACGGCUACAAGAGGGUCCUGGCUGUUGCUGUGGAGACCGACAUCUCCUUCCCCUUGGCAGAGAAGGUGAAGGCCUUCUUGGCUGACCCAUCUGCGUUCGCAGCAGUCGCAGCACCAGCAGCUGCAGCUGAAGUGGCCGCUGCUGCUCCAGCUGCAGCAGAGGAGGCUGCCAAGGAGGAGUCCGAGGCAUCAGAUGAUGACAUGGGCUUUGGCCUGUUUGACUAAAUCAGAUCACUUGUCUGUCAUCCAAUAAAAAAACAUCUGAAAUAA